UCGGGUUUGCUGCCAGCGGCGUGAGCUUCGGCCGCCAUUUUACAACAGCUCCACUCGCGCCGGACACAGGGAGCAGCGAGCACGCGUUCCCCGUCACCCGACCCCGUCGGACAGGAUUCCUCGGCCGCAGCCCCGCGGGGAGAUCUCUGGAAACAUGGCUACAGAACAUGUUAAUGGAAAUGGUACUGAAGAGCCCAUGGAUACUACUUCUGCAGUUAUCCAUUCAGAAAAUUUUCAGACAUUGCUUGAUGCUGGUUUACCACAGAAAGUUGCUGAAAAACUAGAUGAAAUUUACGUUGCAGGGCUAGUUGCACAUAGUGAUUUAGAUGAAAGAGCUAUCGAAGCUUUAAAAGAGUUCAAUGAAGACGGCGCAUUGGCAGUGCUUCAACAGUUUAAAGACAGUGAUCUCUCUCAUGUUCAGAACAAAAGUGCCUUUUUAUGUGGAGUCAUGAAGACUUAUAGGCAGAGAGAGAAACAAGGGACCAAAGUAGCGGACUCUAGUAAAGGACCAGAUGAGGCGAAGAUUAAGGCACUCUUGGAACGAACAGGCUACACACUUGAUGUGACUACCGGACAGAGGAAGUAUGGAGGACCACCUCCAGAUUCCGUUUAUUCAGGUCAGCAGCCUUCUGUUGGCACCGAGAUAUUUGUGGGGAAGAUCCCCAGAGAUCUGUUUGAGGAUGAGCUUGUUCCAUUAUUUGAGAAAGCUGGACCUAUAUGGGAUCUUCGUUUAAUGAUGGAUCCGCUCACUGGUCUCAACAGAGGUUAUGCGUUUGUCACUUUUUGUACAAAAGAAGCAGCACAAGAGGCUGUUAAACUGUAUAAUAAUCAUGAAAUUCGUUCCGGAAAGCACAUUGGUGUCUGCAUCUCAGUUGCCAACAAUAGGCUUUUUGUGGGCUCUAUUCCUAAGAGUAAAACCAAGGAACAGAUUCUUGAAGAAUUUAGUAAAGUGACAGAGGGUCUCACAGACGUCAUUUUAUACCACCAACCAGACGACAAGAAAAAAAACAGAGGCUUUUGCUUUCUUGAAUAUGAAGACCACAAAACAGCUGCCCAGGCAAGGCGUAGGUUAAUGAGUGGUAAAGUCAAAGUCUGGGGAAAUGUUGGAACUGUUGAGUGGGCUGAUCCUAUUGAAGAUCCUGAUCCUGAAGUUAUGGCAAAGGUAAAAGUGCUGUUUGUACGCAACCUUGCAAACACCGUAACUGAAGAAAUUUUAGAAAAGUCAUUUAGUCAGUUUGGGAAACUGGAACGAGUGAAGAAGCUAAAAGAUUAUGCUUUCAUUCAUUUUGAUGAACGAGAUGGUGCUGUCAAGGCUAUGGAAGAAAUGAAUGGUAAAGACUUGGAGGGAGAAAAUAUUGAGAUUGUUUUUGCUAAGCCACCAGAUCAGAAGAGGAAAGAAAGAAAAGCUCAGAGGCAAGCAGCAAAGAAUCAAAUGUAUGAUGAUUACUACUAUUAUGGUCCACCUCAUAUGCCCCCACCAACAAGAGGUCGAGGGCGUGGAGGUAGAGGUGGCUAUGGAUAUCCUCCAGAUUAUUAUGGAUAUGAAGAUUAUUACGAUUAUUAUGGCUAUGAUUACCAUAACUAUCGUGGUGGAUAUGAAGAUCCAUACUAUGGUUAUGAAGAUUUUCAAGUUGGAGCUAGAGGAAGGGGUGGUAGAGGAGCAAGGGGUGCUGCUCCAUCCAGAGGUCGUGGGGCUGCUCCUCCCCGUGGUAGAGCCGGUUAUUCACAGAGAGGAGGCCCUGGAUCAGCAAGAGGCGUUCGUGGUGCGAGAGGAGGUGCCCAACAACAAAGAGGCCGCGGGCAGGGAAAAGGGGUCGAGGCCGGUCCUGACCUGUUACAAUGAAGACUGACUUGCUAUGUGGGAUUACACCAGAAGCUUGCAGUGGAGUAAUGGUAAGGAAAAUCAAGCAACCUUAAAUAUCUCGGAUGUAUAGGAGCAUAUUCUAUUACAGAAGACCUUCCUGUGAAGAUCAUGGAAUCAAAUACGGGACGUUGAACUAAUACUUGGACUUUGAUAUGAAUUUCUUUAACAAUUUUCUCUGCAGUGCAAGUUAUUAAACUAAAGCUACUCUAUUUUCCAAAUGUGUUCCAACAAAAAUCCUUCAUAACUUCUAGCAUGGUAUCUUAAUAAAGAAUAAAGUUCUUCUCUUUAAAAAAUCUGCUCUAAGUAGAUUUUUCCCCCUUUUUUAAAAUUAAGGAUUCCAGCAGUGGUAUUCUGAAAUAUUCUCUUGAAUUUGUGCAUUUAAAUUUUAUUGCAGUGAUACAGAUGAAUGCCACUGUUGGUACCCUUAAAUUUUUAUUUCUGCUCACCAAGGUUAAUCAUGAUUGUCUAUAUCUUUUUUAUAGUAAUCACUUUUGAAUUGUGUUCAGAUGCAGUUUCAGGUGUAAUCAUCAGAGCUGGUUAGUCAGGCAUUCCAGAUAGUGGUUCUUUUCAGAACCUUUUUAAAAGGGUUGGUUAACUACCUCAGUAGCAGAGGAUUGAACUAUACCCUGUCUGUACUGUACAUAGAAAAAUCUUUGUAGAUAAAAGCAAGGCUUGUUAAAUAUGAUAUGAGGGUAAGAUUUUAAUAUACCAAAUGUAACAUUCUUAGUUGCCUUUAGUUUCAGAGGCUUGUAAGACUUCCUCAUGACCAUCAUAACAGGCCUUGCUUUUGUCGUAUUUUGUGGCUGAAAAAGCAGCCUUGCUUCUUCAGAUAUUGUAGUUAUUUGGAUGUAUAAUAGUUUAGCAAGAUGUUACUUUUGUAAGACAUCAGAUGUUCAAAAAAAGUGCAUCCGAACUUGUACUAAAUACUGCAGUGUCCCUUUAUAAAAAGUCAGACUAAAACUGACAGUUGUACAGCAAAGCCUGACAUUUGGAUAUUUUGAAGUUUUUUCAUAAAUCAUAGAAAUUAGUAUAUGGCUGUAGUUUAGCUUUUUAGGUAAAAGGUAUGUUUCAUUAGUGCAUUUGUUACUGCUGAUCACUAUAAAAAUGUGAAUCAGCUUUCCAUUUCUUAUGCAGGUCAUGAUAACUUGUAGAAUAGAGUACAAUCAUUUGUGCUAUGUUUUUAAUUUUCUAAAGCACCUUGAUGACAGUGAGUGUUCAGUGGUGAAGCAUCCUCUAUUGAAUCACCCUCAAAAAAUUUUGCCAAGUCCUAAGUUGAUAGCUUAAAGUCAAAAGUAAAAUUACAGUUGAAGUAGGACUUGGUGUAAAGAAAUACCUUCUCCCCUUCCCCAAAGGGAUACUGCAGUUAUAUCACAUACCAAUAGGCACCACGAUGAAGAUCAGAACUUAUACCUAAUUAAGGUUUUAUACACACCAGUUCCCCAGUAAAUGCAAAUUUAACAAAAUUAGACAUGUCAUAUGUUCAAAAUGCUCAUGGCAAACAAUCAUUUUGCAUUCCUGCAAAUAAAAUUGUUUUAUACUGUAA